GUGGGGAAAUUCCAGCUCGGGGACGGCUGGCGGGGCAGCCGCGGAGCAGCAGUGGCAGCAGCGGCGGGCAGGGCAGGGCAGGGCUGGGCAGGGCAGGGCAGCGUCACAUGGCAGGAGCCUCCUGAGCAGGCAGUGACAGGGACAGGCACCGCACGGCACCGCACCGCACGGCCCUCACUCUCCUCACAGCCGAGGCUGACCCGCCCGCGGCAGCGCUUCCCCGUCUCUGUUAAUAAAAUGGCUGAAGAUGAUACAUACCAGCUUCGAAUGUUUAACAUGGACAACUAUUCUGCCGGCAUGUUCAAUAGUCCAAUUGGCCCAACAGACCCUCCACUGCAGACGCCUGAUGGACCUUAUCUUCAGAUCGUAGAACAGCCCAAACAGCGUGGUUUUCGUUUCCGUUAUGGAUGUGAGGGACCAUCACACGGAGGAUUACCUGGUGCUUCCAGUGAGAAAAACAAGAAAACCUACCCAACUGUUAAGAUAUGUAACUACGUUGGAAAUGCGAAAAUUGUUGUUCAGUUGGUGACGUGUGGCAAAACUGCCGUACAUCUUCACGCUCACAGUCUAGUCGGAAAACAAUGCGAAAAAGGAAUAUGUCUAGUCCAAUUGGGACCGAAGGAAAUGACUUCAGUGUUUCCAAACCUUGGGAUCCUCCAUGUUACUAAGAAGAAUGUUGCCAGCACACUUGAACAACGAAUGGUUCAUGCUUGUAUUAUGGGAUAUAAUAAUGGAAUCGUAAUACAUCCUGAAAUAAAUCACCGGCACAUUGAAACUUGUAGUAUGAGAGAACUUACAGAACGUGAAAGGGAACUGAUCCACCAAGCGUCCAUACAGCAGGCGAAAGAGAUGGACCUCAGUGUGGUGCGACUCAUGUUUACAGCCCUACUUCCAGACAGCAGUUGUCGUUUUACACGAAGAUUGGAACCUGUAAUAUCCGACCCGAUCUACGACAGCAAGGCCCCAAAUGCAUCAAAUCUACGGAUUGUAAGAAUGGACAAGACUGCAGGCUGUGUGACAGGAGGAGAUGAAGUUUAUCUACUUUGUGAUAAAGUCCAGAAAGAUGAUAUCCAGGUCCGUUUCUACGAGGAGAAUGAAAAUGGAGGAAUUUGGGAAGCACUUGGAGAUUUUGGGCCCACUGACGUUCACCGUCAGUUCGCUAUAGUUUUCAGAACUCCAAAAUACCGGGACUUGACUAUUUCCAAGCCCGCUUCUGUAUUUGUGCAGCUUCGCAGACGAUCGGAUAAUGAGACGAGUGAACCAAAGCCAUUUACAUACUACCCACAGAUCAACGACAAAGAGGAAGUACAAAGGAAACGGCAGAAACUGUUGCCCAAUUUCUCAGAUCAUUUUGGAGGUGGAGGUGGUGGUGGAAUGUAUGGAGGAGGAGGCGGAGCAGCAGGAGGAGGAGGUGGUUCAAGUUACUAUCCUGGAUUUCAAGGAUAUACCAACUUUAGUCCUUACCCAUACCCACCUGGGGCUACAAACGCUAGUGCUGGAAUGAAACAUGCUGCCGGUUCCUCAAUUGAGGACAAUGGUGAUGAUGUGGGGACUGCUGGGAAUGACUUUUCCAGUAAUCCAUCCGAAUCGCAGGAGCAACCAAAGACCAGCGAGAGGCCCAGCCAUUCAGAUAUCGAAGCAGAAACCACUGAACAAGGACUGCAGGCAGCUGACUGGUACUUUACUGAGCUGGCACUGAACCUGGCAGAACGCCACGCCAAAGCCCUGUUGGAUUAUUCCAUCACCGGGGACGUGAAAAUCUUGCUGGCUGUUCAGCGAUAUCUCACAACAGUUCAAGAUGAAAAUGGGGAUGCGGCUUUACACCUCGCAAUCAUCCACCUUCAACCGUUGGUGGCACAACAACUGCUACAAGUGAUUGUCAGCAUUCCCAACAACGAGAUUGUGGACAUGAGGAAUCACCUCUACCAGACUCCGUUGCACUUGGCAGUUAUCACAAGGCAAACUGAAGUGGUGGAGCUGCUGCUGAAGGCUGGUGCUGACAUGAGUCUCCUGGAUUGCCACGGUAACUCAGUGCUACAUAAGGCUGCAGAGCAGGGCGACGUAAAGACUCUGAACAUAUUGCUGAACAAGAAGGGCAAAGCACUGACUGACCUCCUUGCUUUGCCAAAUAAUGCAGGAUGUUAUGCCAUUCACCUGGCAGUGCUAGCCAACAGCUUGCCAUGCUUGAGGCAAUUGAUUGCAGCUGGAGCUGCUGUGGAUGCUCAAGAGCAGCGGUCAGGGCGAACUGCGCUGCAUCUAGCAGUAGAGCAGGAAAACAUCUCCUUGGCUGGUAGCCUUCUGCUUGAGGGCAAUGCUGAGGUUGAUGCCAUCACAUUUGAUGGUUGUACUCCACUUCACGUAGCAGCAGGAAGAGGCUCAGCAAAGUUAUCAGCCCUACUAAUGGCAGCAGGUGCAGACCCACAUAUAGAGAAUUACGAGCCGUUGGAUGACAAAACAGAAGAGUUUCUGGAAGAAGGUGAUGAUGAGGGUAUCUUUCACGGGACCAAACCUUUAGACAUAGCAGCCACUCAGGAGGUUUAUGAAACACUGAAUGGUAAACCGUACCAACCCAAGAGUGGACCUGCUCCAACUUUCCCACAAGGAGAUUUGGGUCAACUGGAUGUGGAAGCAAAGCUAGAGCUCUGUAAGCUGUUAGAGGUGCCUGAUCCAAGCUUGAACUGGAUGACUCUCGCACAGAAAUUGGGCCUGGGGAUUCUUAUUAAUGCUUUCAAACUCAGCCCUUCCCCAUCAAAGACACUGCUGGAUAACUAUGAGGUGUCUGGUGGUACUACUACAGAGCUUGUGGAAACUUUGAAGUCCAUGGGCUACAUUAAAGCACUUGACGUAAUCCUUAAGGCACUGACCAAAUCAGAAGACACAAGAUCAGAGGAAACUGUUGUCCCAGAAGAAAACAAUGUUCAAAUUCAACCCAAGCCGCAGCAGUGUGAUAGUGUAUGUGACAGUGGAGUGGAAACAUCCUUCAAGAGGCUGAGUCUUUCAUCAGAAUCAUUCAGCAACAACUAGGCUUCCUUUGCCCUGCAAGAUCCACAAGGCUCUGCCUACCCCCAGUGAAAGCUAAACAAACAGAAUGUUGCCUUCUAUGUCAAUUCACACUAGAAAAUGUCAACCUAGCUGUAAUGUUAUGAAAAUGAUCAACAUGGCAAGCUCAAUUGUGAACCUAUUUUAAAAUACUGUCAUCAAAUUUUAUAUUUAUUUGAAAUAUUAGGCUGGUUAGUUCAUUGGAUUAAACAGAUAGGUGUUCAAAUCUGGUCAAAUGGUGUUUUAACCACCCAACUUUAUUUCUACUUUUUGUUUUAAAAAAAGUUUUUAAAAAAUACAAAAAAACUUUAUAACUGUGUGAAGUGUCCAGCAACAAUAAAACCAUUCAUAAUAUCUCAAUAUACACAUUUUGCAUGAACAAAGCAAGCUCCAUUCUGAGGCUAUUUGUGUUUGCAACAUUUUCCCUUAAAGGUUUUUUUUGUGGAUUUUUAGCAAUUCUAAUGCAGUUGAGAUUUUUUUUAAAAGAAAGUGCUGAAAAAUCAAAAUCAUGAGCUCCUUCAAUCAUAAACUCCUUCUAAAUGCAUAUUUGUAAAUACUAGUUGGUAGCUGCUGCUCUUGACCAAAUAGUCAAGAAUGUUUAUUUUUGCUUCAAAGUUGUACUUAUGGAUUGUUAGCUUUUUUACACAAUAAAAGGACCACCUAC